CUCGUGCGCACUGCAGACUCCUCCGCGCGUCCUCAACAGACCCAUCCUCCUCGAGGUCCGCGGCCUUCUCCUAUUGGCAGAGAGAAAAGCGGGCCUGCCUACAUUCUCGUCGCUAAUUGGACAGUAGAAUCUUCCCCUAGUUGCUAUUGGCCAACGCCCCUCCACAUCUUUGUUUUUGGGCAGACCCCGUUUUCCGCGCACGUGCACGCGGAUAAGUGGAGUUGUAAACGAAGCGCGCGCACUUUUCAGCACCAAUACCUCGUGGAUAGCAGCCAAGCAUAUUGGAGAGGAUUUUUGUUUAUUUAUUUUUUUGAGACAAGACGAAGAGGUGGUGGUUUGCGGCGCCAUAGACUUUUCGAGUUCGGUGGGAAACUUUGAUAGCGGUUCCGAGUCGUCGAGCGGAAAUACAAUCGCGGCGGGGCUUUAGCUUUGUUUGCCCGGCGACUCGAGCUGCAUCUCCGCUCAAAAAGGAGGGACGUUCUUCCGGGUAAAGACAUUUUUUUUCUCUCCUUGCCGAGACUCCACAAACUGCAGCUCGGUGAGACUAAAUGGCUGGAAGCAGAAGGAAACAGAGGUGAUAUUGAAGACUCGUCUUCGUCGCUGGUUCGGUCCAGUCAGCGGUUGAGUCGUGCUCUUGCCGCCGAGGUCUCCAUUGUCUGAGCAUCUCCGUGCCGCCAAACUCCCGCGCUGCCGCCACACACCUGCCGCCCCCACAGCGGUCUUCUCACCCACCCGAUUUUUACUCCAUUUUUUCUCUGAAUUUUUCGGGCCCCACACUUCCAACCAUGUGCUCUCGGAUUUGGUUCGUGACCGACCGGCGCAUCCACCAGGAAUACCCCCAAGUCCAGAUCCUCCGGGCGCUGAAGGAUCGCUGCGCCGAAGAGGAUGUGGAAUUCCGCUCCCUUCUCAUGGAUCAGAUCGUGCUUACGAUCAGUCAGGGCCAAUUAGGUCUGCGAGUGGAUCAGGAGCUGGUGACCUCCUAUCCACAGGUGGUGGUGGUGCGCGUGCCCACGCCCUGGGUUCAGUCUGAUAGUGACAUCACCGUGCUGCGCCACCUGGAGAAGAUGGGCUGUCGGCUGAUCAACCGGCCCCAGGCCAUACUAAACUGCGUCAACAAGUUCUGGACCUUCCAGGAACUUGCUGGCCACGGGGUGCCUCUUCCUGACACCUUCUCUUACGGUGGGCACGACAACUUCCGUAAGAUGAUUGACGAGGCGGAGCCCCUGGGUUACCCCGUGGUGGUGAAGAAUGCACGUGGGCACAGAGGAAAGGCCGUGUUCCUGGCACGAGACAAACACCACCUGACGGAUCUGUGCCACUUGAUCCGCCACGACACCCCCUACCUGUUUCAGGAGUAUGUCAAGGAGUCGCACGGGCGGGACGUGCGGGUGGUGCUGGUGGGCGGCCGUGUCAUCGGCUCCAUGCUGCGCUGCUCCACUGACGGACGCAUGCAGAGCAACUGCUCCCUGGGUGGUGUUGGUAUGAUGUGCCCCCUGAACGAGCAGGGCAAGCAGCUCGCCAUCGAGGUGUCCAACAUCCUCGGCAUGGAUGUGUGCGGCGUCGACCUCCUGCAGCUCAACGACGGCUCCUUUGUGGUGUGCGAGGCCAACGCCAACGUGGGCUUCAUCGCCUUCGACCAGGCCUGCGGCAUGGAUGUAGCAGGGAUUGUCGCGGACUUUGCUCUUUCCAACCUCCCCAGCCGCCUCACCCGCAAGAUGUCCCUGCUGUCGGUGGUUUCUAGCACCAGCGAGACCAGCAGCGAGCCCGAGGUCUGCAUCGUACCUGCCGCCGGCGGCUCGCUGCCAGAGGCCGUCUGCAACAUGAGCGUAGGAUCCACUUCGAGCGAGAGUGACCCGGAGCUAGCCGAGCCCUCCCAGAUGUCGUCCCGCCAGUCCACGCCCCCCUCCCUGCCCGACCUCCCCGACCUGCCAGAUCCAACCUACAACUUUAACACCCUCCUGGCCAAUGAAAUCAAGCUAUUGACUGAAACGUUCCUUGUUUUCUUCCUAAUUUCCAGUGUUUUUGAAGAGAAGACAUUUGUGUGCACUAAUAUUGUCUCAAUAAAGUGACACCGCUGUGAAGUUGAUUUUAUUUUCCCCUUUUGUUGUGGGCCAAAACUUACUGUCUACUAAUUAAACUGGGCCCCGCUGGAGGUGGGGGGGAUUGGGUGGAGGGGUCGGGGGGUGCCAACACUACAUCUGCCAAACAAGAGAGGCGGGGGGGCUCUGGCUGCAUCGCCGAUUACAGUACUGCCGUGAUGAUGUCCAUGAAAUCCAAUGUUGCAGACGGACUGUGAAACUUGUUUGUGUGUCAACAUUCCUGGCUGAUGGGUUGGGGGGGGGGCUGGCGGGGUCCAUCACAUGUGGGUGAACUAUCUCCUGUAGUUGUCCCUAUCUAGUGUUUGUCUCUGUAUUGAAGCCUUUUGUUAUUCCUCAUCGUGUACAAAAAUGUAAACACGAGCUCCCGUGUUUGUGCAAAGACGUCGAUGGGCGGCUGGAGGGAAGAAUCAAACGCUAACUUCAGUCUCCUGAUUUUAUUUUUUUUUGUUGGGAUUGAAUGUGCACAACGUGCUGCAGGUUAGUUAAACAGUGACUCAGCAUUUCUCUAGCUUCUGUGGCGAUGAUCUGAAGAUCAUGAAUAUCAGUAGAGAAGAAAAUGGCGCCGUUUCCGUGUGUUGGGAUGCGUUUACUGACCAGAGGACAGAGCACAAGGUGACUGUUAAAUUCCUGCUGCUGAUGUAUGUUUGGUUCUAAAGGGAAGAUGUUGUCAUAGUUUUCCUCCUGGAAUCAGAAUGCCAAAACAUUGGAGAAGGGAAGCUGGUGUUCAGUGAAGUAAUAUUUAAAAUCAAUAAAUCAUGUCUUACGCAUGUAAAUAAAGAUUCAACCACGAGGUACAUUUUGUCCAUCAGAAUCAAACCUGAGGUUUGCCAAAAGACGGACUGUUUUGUCAGGGGGAAAAGGUGAAACAUUUUUGCAGAAUAAUUGAGCUCUCUGAUAUAUAUAUAAAUAUAUAAAUUUUAUUUCUGUUCUUUUAUUUUGACAGUGUUAAGAAAUAAACCACCAAAAUCAUGUAACUCACAGUUGUUUAAAAUUGUGUAAAGAUAGAUCUUUUUUUUUUUUUUUAGAAUAAAUAAAGUCAUUAUU